AGUUAUUUCUAGAUCGAUCGCUGCCACGUCGACAAUAGAGUCCGGAGAGUUCCGGCUCCAUCCACUGAAUUAAUUAGUGGAUGCCCCCUUCGAUCUCUGUGAUAACCAUCAAACAAACUCAAAGCAAUCGUCUUCAACAAAGCAGCGAGAGCUACGAUUUCGAUUCUACUACUUUCAAUUGAGUCAUGUCGAUCGUGAGGCGCAGCAACAUUUUCGACCCUUUCUCUCUCGACGUCUUCGAUCCUUUCGAAGGCUUCCCCUUCGACGCCUUCCGCUCCCUCGCCGGGACGCGCCCAAGCUUCUUCGUGGACGAAACUUCCGCAUUCGCCAACACCCGCGUCGACUGGAAGGAGACUCCCGAGGCGCACGUGUUCAAGGCGGAUCUCCCCGGCGUCAAGAAGGAGGAGGUGAAGGUGGAGGUGGAGGAAGGGCGGGUACUCCAGAUCAGCGGCGAGCGCGCCAAGGAACGAGAGGAGAAGGAGGACAAGUGGCGCCGCGUGGAGCGCAGCAGCGGCAAGUUCCUGCGCCGAUUCCGCCUGCCGGAGAACGCCAAGAUGGACCAGGUGAAGGCGAGCAUGGAGAACGGCGUGCUGACGGUGACGAUCCCUAAGGUGGAGGUGAAGAAGGCGCCGGAGGUUAAGUCCGUCGAGAUCUCCGGAUGAAUGAAGCUUUCAUUAGACGGAAAAUCGUGUCUUUAUCUAAAAUCUAUAUAAAUAAAUAAGAAUGCACACGCGCGGCUGCAGUGUGCUCAGUGUUCUUGGUUUGUAUGUACGUGCGUACUCGUUGUCGUAGACUUUGUGUGGUGUAAAAAUGAAUGCUUGAGAGUAAUAGAGUUUGAAUUUUAAUAGAAAUAAA